AUGGAACAGAACGGAAGAGUUGCGAAAUUGAAUAAAAAUCGCGUACGCAAAUGCAUCGUGGAUUGGAACAGUCAUGUGGUUCAGGCGCUCGUCGAGAAUGUGCGAAAGAAUGAGAACCUGUGGAAUCCGCAUCAUUCGUUCUACAGAGAUCGGAUCAUAACGCAAAAUGCCUGGGAGAAUGUUUCGGCUGCCAUUGAUGUUCCGAAAAGCGAAGCAAUCCUAAAAUGGCAUUCCAUACGUUCCAGCUACAGGACACAUUUGAAAAACCUGCAGGAGUUCAGAUCCGGACAGAUGGUCAAGGACAAGAAACCGAAUCCAUUAUAUUCAACAAUGUCCUUUCUCGAUUCUGUCAUGAAGUUUCCGUCCACGAAUCCCCAAUUGAGUACGCAUCCAGCAGAUAGUCAGCUCAAGGCUAGCGAUAAUAUCUGGGAUGGCAGCCUGAGGAAAAUGGAGCCCACCCAGGCGCUAAUUGCCGGCAAAUUGAUUAGCAGCGUUCUCAUCCAAGGCCAACUGGGCCAAUUGAAUAUGGGCAGCAAUAUUGCGCAUAAUACUCCCAGGCUGUUCGAAUCGUAUCAACUACCCCGUAUUGGAUGUCCGACAUUCAGAAGCGUUGAGACAUUGGUGGAACUGCUGCCAAACAACAUACAUUGCCGUUGCUCGCUGUGCGGCGCUAUGAUGACAUAUCAAUAUGAUAACAUAAGAGAGCAUUACGAGAGCUACCAUCCGAACAUGCCCGUAAAUCAACACGCAAGCACUGCGUCGCUUGCAGCCACCGCGCCAAGCAGCACGAGUCAAAGUCAAUGCAAUCUAAUGGCGCACAACAACAACAACAACAACGACAACAACGGCAGCAGCAAUAACAGCAAAUGCAAGUACAACAACAAAACACAAACCGUUUCAAACCGGUUCAGCGCGUCGCAUGCUCUCGUCGUGCUGUGCGCACAAUUGCGCGCUGCGACGGCCGUGCGAGUGGAAGCGAGAGGCAACUAA